UUUCACCAGUGUGAACGCUGAAGAACGGCCAUGGAAAGAUCACAAAACAGACCAGACCAAACCAAACCAAACCCGAUUCCUCUCAUACAGAUGUAAAAGCAUUGCCUUUCCGUUCUUCACCUGUUUCCAUCUCUUUCUCCUUGUCCGUUUCUAUGGAAUCUCCUACUUUUUCAUUCUGGACCUUGGCUUCUAUGCUGCCCUUCUCACUGGUUCUUUUUCAUGUUAUUCUGAUCGGGGUAGAGUCUUCAGUUAAUCCUCCCGUUCAAGGAGAGCUAAAAGCAUAUCAGCCAUUGUUUGAUUGUGAAGGACAUGAUGGAAAGGAUCAGGAUACAUUUUCUGGUGCUAGACUUGGAAAUCCUCUGGAUGAAAAGGACAUUGACAUAAUUGCAACAUAUAGUGGCACUUCCGGUGAUAUUAAGAUUAAGAGGGUGAAAAUGAAGGACUUGUCUGCUUCCUGGGUUUUGGAAAAUCCCAUAGAUAAAGGCCAUGAUAAGCCAAAGGCUUCCUCGACAUCAAAGGACUCAUUUCAAUCUGUUCCCAAACUUCAAGAUAAUGUCGAGCAUUCUGGGAAUCAACAACCUCCUAAUUUAGCAACAAGUCCAGUGAGGCUGCAGCGUCGGCUAUUGAGGCAAAGAAGGAGGGAUCUUCGAACUGCAUUGCUAGCUCGGCAAGAUGAAGAAGCGGACAACCAGACAAGAGCAGCAGCAAUAAAACAAUCUGAAAGCUUGGACACCACUGUCAAGGGAAAGUACAGUAUAUGGAGAAGAGACUAUGAGAAUCCACAUUCUGAUUCUAUGUUGAAACUAAUGCGGGAUCAGAUUAUUAUGGCUAAAGCAUAUGCAAAUAUAGCCAAAUCUAAUAAUGAAACCAGCCUUUAUGACUUGCUUAUGGAACAUUCUAGAGAAAGUCGACAUGCUAUUCGAGAAGCUACAUCAGAUGCUGAGCUUCACCCUAGUGCACUUACUCGAGCAAAAGCAAUGGGUCAUGUGCUCUCUAUAGCAAAGGAUAGAUUGUAUGAAUGUCCUACUAUGUUGCUGAAGUUACGUGCUAUGCUUCAGUCAAGUGAAGAGAAUGUAAAUGCUCUGAAGAAGAAGAGUGCCUUCUUGAUUCAACUAGCUGCAAAAACAAUUCCAAAACCAUUGCAUUGUCUUCCUUUGCGGCUUGCUGCUGACUAUUUUUUGCUCGGUUAUCAAAAUAGAGAGUAUCCAAACAAAGAAAAGCUUGAGGAUCCUUCUCUUUAUCACUAUGCCAUCUUUUCUGAUAAUGUACUAGCAACAUCUGUGGUGGUUAAUUCCACAGUGCUUCAUGCAAUAGAUCCUGGAAAACAUGUUUUCCAUAUAGUCACAGAUAAAUUGAACUUUGCAGCAAUGAAAAUGUGGUAUCUUGUCAACCCCCCUGCAAAAGCAACAGUACAUGUUCAGAAUAUUGAUGAUUUCAAGUGGUUGAAUUCCUCGUACUGUUCUGUUCUACGUCAGCUUGAAUCUGCCAGGGUUAAAGAAUACUACUUCAAGGCAAAUCAUCCUUCCUCCCUCACUGCUGGGUCUGAUAAUCUCAAGUACAGGAAUCCCAAAUAUUUGUCUAUGCUGAAUCAUCUUAGAUUCUACCUCCCUGAAGUUUAUCCAAAGCUAGAUAAGAUCCUUUUUUUGGAUGACGAUAUUGUGGUUCAGAAGGAUUUGACGCCGCUUUGGUCUGUUGAUCUGAAGGGGAUGGUGAAUGGUGCAGUGGAGACUUGUAAGGAGAGCUUUCAUAGAUUUGAUAAAUAUCUCAAUUUUUCUAAUCCAAAGAUCUUUGAGAAUUUCAGCCCAAAUGCUUGUGGUUGGGCAUUUGGAAUGAACAUUUUUGACUUGAAGGAGUGGAGAAGACAAAAUAUCACCGGAAUAUAUCAUCAUUGGCAAGAUCUGAAUGAGGAUAGAACUCUUUGGAAGUUGGGAACAUUGCCUCCAGGAUUGAUCACUUUCUAUAAUCUAACCUGUCCGUUGGAUCGUCGCUGGCAUGCCCUGGGACUUGGUUAUGACCCAGCCCUUAACCAAACUGAGAUUGAAGAUGCAGGUGUAGUUCAUUACAAUGGAAAUUACAAGCCUUGGUUGGAUUUGGCUAUCACCAAGUACAAGUCUUACUGGUCUAAAUAUGUAAAGUAUGAUAACCCUUAUCUCCAACUUUGCAACGUUAGAGAAUGAUGUUUCUUGAGGAAAAUUUUUGUCAAGUGCCUUGUAGAAAUAUUUUUAUUCUUUAUAAACGUAGUUCAUUCAAUUUGUCA